CACACACACACAUAGAGACUGGAAUAUGCUGCAGACAAUUUAUGAGAGUGAAUCCUAUUUUUCCUCAGAUGGAGUAGCUGGCCGGGAGCAGCUGCUGGCAGAGCAGAGGAUGCACGCCAUGAUCGGCAAAGAUAUAAAGUCUGAAUUUCCCAUUGGCCUGGAGUCCAUCUCCCCUUUAGACUUAAGGACUGAUCUUAGGACAGCAGUGCCUGUUGGUGAUCCAGGUCUGAGAGAGAAACAGCUGCAGCAGGAGCUUCUGAUAAUUAAACAGCAGCAGCAAAUCCAGAAGCAACUUCUAAUUGCAGAGUUUCAGAAGCAGCAUGAAAACCUCACAAGGCAACACCAGGUCCAGCUCCAGGAGCACCUCAAGCUGCAGCAAGAACUUUUAGCAAUGAAGCAACAGCAAGAGCUCUUGGAGAGAGAGAAGGAACAGAAAAUGGAGCAGCAGAGAAAAGAACAGGAAGCAGAAAGGCAUCGCCAGGAGCAGCAAUUAUGUCACCCUCGAAGCAAAGACAGGGUGAAAGAAAGGGCAGUAGCCAGUACAGAGGUGAAACAGAAGCUCCAAGAGUUCAUACUGAGUAAGUCUGCAACUAAAGAACCUUUGACAAACGGAACCAGUCAUUCCAUGGGACGCCACCCGAAGCUUUGGUACACAGCAGCACAUCAUACAUCACUGGAUCAAAGCUCGCCUCCGCCUAGUGGUACGUCGCCAACAUAUAAAUGUCCUCCACCAGGAAAUCAAGACGACUUCCCUUUAAGGAAAACAGCAUCAGAACCCAACUUGAAAGUUCGGUCCCGUUUGAAACAGAAAGUAGUGGAGAGACGGAGCAGCCCUUUACUGAGAAGGAAGGACAGCAUUGUUUCCAGCUCAUACAAGAAGAGAAUAUUUGAGGUUGCAGAAUCUUCGGUGAGUAGCAGCUCUCCAGUAUCUGGACCCAGCUCACCAAAUAAUGGUCCAGUCGCCAUGGAAGCAGAACAUGAAACGCCUGUCUUGUCAGUGAAUUCCCGUAUAGAGAAUUUGGUUUCACAUCAUCAUCUUGUGCAUCAUGAAAGAUCUUUAAGUCUCCUAAACCUGUAUACAUCUCCUUCUUUGCCGAAUAUUACUUUAGGACUGCAUGCGACAGCUACUCAGCUUAAUACCUCAUCUUCAUUAAAAGAGCAACAAAAGUACGACCCGCAGGCACCCCGGCAGGGGGUUUCAAUGGCCGGACAGUACGCCGGAGGCAUUCCAACAUCCUCAAAUCAUGUUUCCCUGGAAGGAAAGGCCAAUAGUCACCAGGCCAUACUGCAACACCUACUGCUGAAAGAACAGAUGCGUCAGCAGAAGAUUUUAGCUUCAGGUGGGACACCAGUUCUACAUCAGUCACCUCUGGCAGCAAAGGACAGAGUUUCACCAGCCGGGAGAGUAGCCCACAAACUGCCUCGUCACAGGCCCCUUCACCGAACCCAAUCUGCUCCUCUGCCCCAGAGUACCCUGGCUCAACUGGUUAUCCAACAGCAGCACCAGCAGUUCUUGGAGAAGCAGAAACAAUAUCAGCAGCAGAUUCACAUGAACAAAAUACUUUCCAAAUCUAUUGAACAACUUCGACAACCCGAAGGGCAUCUUGAAGAAGCUGAGGAAGAUCUUCAUGGAGAUAAUUUGAUGCAAGAAAAGAGUUCCUCCAUUGAUAACACAAGAAGUUACAGCAGUACAGAUCUUAGGACUGGACCUUUUGGAUCUGUGAAAGUGAAAGAGGAGCCACCAGAUAGUGAGAAUGAAAUUAAAACACAUCUUCAGUCUGAGCAGAAGUCAGUUUUUGCGCAACAGGUAACCUGAAGUGUGGGCAUGUCAUGUUCUGGAGAAACAACCUUAUUUUCUAAAGCAACUUGCUGGAAGAAGAACAGGGAUAUGGCAUACUCUAAAUCAAUGAUGGAACCUUCCAUAACAAGCGAUCACAUCCUCCAUUUUUCUGUGGCCAUCAUGGACACCAAGAAAUAACAUGAGUGUUAAAAAGUCAGACUUGAUUUUCUUGUUCCAUAUAGAAUCAUUGCUCACAAUUUAUAGAGAAAGUUAUUGUUGCUAAAUGUCUGCAACUUUUCCUUAAAGGCUCUUUCAUGGCAAUGCAGGUAUCGGAAAUCAUAUUUCUUCUUGAAUAUUGCAUAAUUCUAAAUACAGGUAUAGGACCUAUUUUACGUAUACAUCUUAACCAUAGAGCUUUGAAAUGGAGCCUGAAAAUUUUUUGUAUUUUCUUUGUAUCAAUGUUAACAAAACGUUAGAGAAAUUAGCCUAAAUUCAUGGAAAGCAAUCCUUUUUGGGUUUUGAACUGUUUAAUUUUUUUAGUAAUUACAAGGCACAAUGGGCCAGAUUCAAUUCUGUGAGAAAACCUUAUCUCAUGGUUUAUCAUAUGAAAACUCACGGACUAGAUUUAAUUUUGAAAAAACAUUUCUUCAAAUUAAUUUCCAGUUUUUUCCCUAUAGACUUCAAAAGAGCUUUCAUGUGAAAAACCAUGUGAUACGUUUUUCUGAAUUGAAUUGCAUCUCAAAUUGAAUCUCGUUGAUGAGUCUUCACGUGAUAAAUCUGGCCCAAUGCUCCAUAUUACAGAAAGACCGCAAACCCGUAGAAACCAUGCCUCUUAUCAAUGCCAAUAUAAUCAAUUUGUUGACACACAAAUUAUAAAAAAUUCACUUGGGAAUAUUCAAGCUGCCAGAUUUAAGUUCAAGAUCAGUAACAUAUGAAGAGCCAAGACUUUGAAUUCUCUCUGUUCCAUGACACAAAAGGCAGUGUGCACUUAUAUGUUUAUACUACUGUGGUACUAAUAUUAUCUAAAUUAGACUGAAUCUGUUCAACAUUGAUUAAAAUGAGCAGUCAGGGGUAUUUGUUGCUUUUUUGUUUUUUAAAGAAUUCUAAUGGACAAUUAUCACUAGCAAUCCAUAUACGGUAACUGAAUCACAGUUAAAGAUUGAAUUGCAUAAGGGCAUAAUUACUAAUAUCCUAGCUGUGAUAGUAUGUUGGGAAAAAGGUGUUAUGCACAAUUUUAUGUAAUAAAUCGUAUGGAAAAACGCUUUAUUUUUCUAUCCAAUGUUAUUCAGACAUUGAUAAUGGGAAGUUUGUUUAAACCACUAGUGAUUUAUUUGCAAGGCGCAAAUUCGUGGUGAAUUUGCACGAUUCGCGAAUAAAUUUGUGAAACGGCCAGAAAAAUUUGCCGGCGUAAAAUAAACACGGACACUGGCAUAAAAAAACAGACGCCGACAUAAAAAUGAACGCCGGCAUAAAAAAAUGGACUCCGGCGUCAAAAACGAGCCAGUGCCGUUUUGCAGAUUUUUCGACGUUUUUUUUUCGGCGAAGCAAAACAGUGCAAAUUCGCCCAUCACUACAAACGUUUUUAUUGCUUGCUAGGAACUCAUUACAUUCUUUAUUUACAGAUAUCUAUUGCUUUUAUGAAAGGCAUUUUGUAGCCUACCUUUCGAUCUCCUACUCCUAUCUGUAAAAGCGUAACAAUAGCCUAGAAGCUUUCCACUGGAAUAUUUCCCUUUUGCAUCUAUCUGUAAUAAUUUCGUUUUCAUAAUUCUAAUAUCAUUUCCUAAUUUAUUCAUGUAUUGUGAAGUAGGAAAUCAAUAUACACAAAAAUGAAUUAAUUUGAAGACUUGUAUGUAAUGAACAUGAUUUUCUUAAUUUGCCAUUUUGCAAAAAUGAUUAUCAUAUUUUACAUUGUAUAUCCCCUUUCCUCCUUAAGUCUUAAAAUCAAAGUCCCUACACAGUUUGAUAUUUCCUGUGCAAAAUAUAAUUCUACCUGCAUUUUUACCCCUGAUUACAUUUUCUUAGCCCACUCAUUUGCUAAAAAUGGUACAAACAGGUGACGUCUUCUUCAGGAACAAAGAACUUCUUAACUUUUUAUCUCUUACAUGUCUUACAUUUGGAUACUGGAAAUCACAUUUGUCUAAAAUAGUAGUGGUAUGUGAUUCAUAUGUAUGCAUUAAUAUAAAACUGAAUAUACCCACAUAAUAAAUUCAAAAAUGUACACAUACACACGUAAACACAACCCUAUUAUCUAAUGAAAGAUCUGGUGACAAAUUUGUAUAUUAUUAUGUAAACCAAAUGAAAAUUGUAUUUGUAUAUUUCAUGUCCUUCAUAGUUCAAGUAUUAUAUGCUAUUUAUCCCACAAAUGACAAUAAGGAAAGGGAUUUUCUAUAAAUAUGUCAAAUCAAAUACAGGUAAAUUGUUUCUGUUGUUAUAUGUACGUAUGACAUUUUUAUCUAUUGUAUUUAUUUUCACCUGUAGCAGGGAUUUUGCUGUUUUGUGUUGUAAAUAGAUUAUGAUUGUAUUUUUUUGCCUUAUGUUAUAAUAUUAUUCUUUUCACAAAUAAAAAGUUUUCUUUUUUAAA